GGCAGAAGCAAAGCCUUCGAUUGUCGGUCCCAAGGUCCCUGUGGCGUCCGUCCGUCGUACCCUAGCUGCCGCCCCUGACGCAGCAAGCCAAGCUCAUCAUGGCUGGUGGUUCAUCAUCGACCGGUUCAUCCUCGCGAUGGUAUGCACCCAAGUUUGGCUUCCACCCGCACCAGCCAUCGCUGAAGCACCGCGCCGGAGCAACCAUCCUCGGUGCAACCAUGUGGUUCUGGAUCUUUUACAGAGCGAGGCAGGACGGACCGGUCCUCCUGGGUCUCCGGCAUCCGUGGGAUGGUCACCACGGGCAUCACGAUGAUCACGCGCACGGCGAAGGGCAUCAUUAGAGUACCGCAGUUGCAGCUGUCAUGUGCGUCUCUCGCACUAGCGAGCGCAUCUCUAUCUUCGCAACUGCAGGAGGCGAGGCAAGACGAGCGUAAGGAAGACACACUGUUCACCGGCGAAGACAUUCCGCGGCUAGCGAUUGCAAACGCCUGCACAGGAGGAGCUGGCACAAGAAGGCUUGGGCACGAGCCCCGUUGCGAAUUAGACUGUGAGGGGCAAGGAUGCUUGCCCAGCAACAAGAAGUCUAUUUCGGUGUAAUAAGCACAAGCAAAGCAAUAAUUGAAGGAAAAAUUGAUGCGCCUUCAAG